UGCCGGAGGGCCGGACACACGGAGGAGCGGUGCGCUCCCGGUGCGAUGCGCGGCGGCCGCUCUGGGCGGCGCCCGAGCGCUCCGGUCCCGCCGCGGCGGGCGGGGUCGAGUCCUACCGCGGUGAUGACGCUCCGCGCGGUGACUGGCGGAGUGGGACACGGGCCGGGGCGCGCCGCGAUGUCCCUACCGGUAGCGGCGGCCCCGGCGGGGCCCGCACUGCCGGCCCAAGCCGCGCUGGUGAUGGCGCAGCCCCCGCCCUGUUCCACCUUGGCGGCCACCAGGAAAGCCGUAGGUGCGGGCAUCGAGAUCCAGCGGUGGGAGCUGUUCGCCUUCCCGAGGGACCUCGUCACGCCGAACUUGCUGCCUCAGCUCCACCUUCACUGGCUGCUCGAUGACGGGAUCUGGGCUGCGCACAGGGAGGGCAGCUGAGGGGAGAGCAGCGGCUACUUCAUGCAGCUGGAGGUUGUCAUCCUGGGGUUAAGCCAGGUUUUCAGUAGUGGGUUCUCUCUGGAGAGAUGCAUCACCACCUUGGCCCAGCACUAUGAAGAGUGUGUUUCUAAGAGCCAUCCUGAUGCUGUGAUGGGCCCUGCUCCCCAUCCUGAUCACUGUGCUGCUCAGGCAGCUCCCCAAAGCUUGCCUCUUGCCCCUCUGGUGUGCCAGGGUGACACAUCCCAGAGCUCCAGCCAGGCUUCCCCUGCUGUGGCAGCAGCUCAGCAGCAGCUCUUGUCAGCCUCUCUUGCAGCUGUCAGGAGUCCUGUGACUGUUCUCCAGAGUCUACCAGCAGUUCCCUAGCUCCUUGAGGCUCUUCAGUGUCAGCCUGAAACGUCCCAGUUUCUCCUCCAGGGUGAACCCACAACCCCUCAGUCCUUGUUAUAUCCUUCGUCUCCUACAGUAAAACUGGGGGCCACAGAAACCCCAGAGGAUGACAGCGGGGAGGAGAUUAACCAACAGUCUUUGAGUGACAAUUGCACAGAGCCUGCUGCCAGUCUGUGCCUGAGUGAGCUGGCUGUGGUUCAGAAGUCCACCCAGCUCAUUGGCACCAGGAAGGACGCACUCAGUGUACAGAUCCUGGAGGAUGCCCACAGGGUGGACCUGAAAGGCCUGAACAGCUGCACUUGCCACUUCAGCCAGGCCUUCCAGCUGCCCUGCUGGCACAUCUUGGCUGUGCUGGAUUCAAACAGGAGGCCCUUGCAGCCAGAGAUGCUCAGCAGACUGUGGGAGAGGGGAUGCCCUCAGGCCGGGCAAGACAGUGCUGAUGGCCUCUUGGAGGUCCUGAAGAGCUUCUGGAACAAAUCUUUGUAUAAAUCCCAGGUGAUGUCCUUCCUUAUGGCAGAGAUCAGAGGUGAAGCUCUAGCACUGAGCAGGAGCUGAGCUGGGUGCUCUUGCCGUGUCCUGGCUUUCACCUUCAUUCCCCUCAGGCUGCCACUUCCUUGGCAUGGAAGGGGCAGUUUGGGUCCUUGAUCUGCUGAGUGGGCAUCACCUCUUUCACAGGGCAGCAGAGGAACUGGAUUGGGAGCUCCUGAUCCUGUGGGAAGGGUUACAGCUGCUGACCUGGCUAACAGCUGUGGCUGGGAGCCAGCUGUGGGUGGUGUGGCGCGGGAGGUACUGGUAUAAUAGAAUCACAGAAUAUGCUGAGUUGGAAGGGACCCAUCAGGAUCAUUGAGUCCAACUCCUGGCCCUGCA